GGAUGGGAUUGUGCGGGAGGCGUAUGAGGAGCUGAGGGAGGUUGCGGGGAAGGAGAUGACGCUGCAGACGGCGGCGGAGGCAUGGGAUAUUAUCCAGAAGCGCAUUGCCCAGAUUAUGGAGCUUGCGGGUGAUGCCGCUCAGGAUAUUUUGAACAACCACCCUGAGAUUAAGUCGAAAGUUGGCGGUUCCGUCGACCAGCUGAAGCAGAUGGGCGAUCAGUACGGACCGGAAACUAAGAAGCAGGUCGAUCAGACCUUUGACCAGAUCAAGGAUAUCAUGAGCAGCGGUCUCAGCGCCGAUACGGCUACGAAGAUCAAGAAGGUGGUUGACGAGAAGAUCGAGUUGGUGAAGAAGUUGAGAGAUGAGGCGUGGAGGAAGGGCAUCGAGCAGGCGAAGCCUUACCUCGACAAGAACCCGAAAGUCAAGGAGCUGGUUGAGGAGAAUAAAGACUCGUUGAUGAAAGGGGACAUGGGCGAACUAUGGGACAAGGUGAAGAAUGCGGUAAACUCAGGCAACACCGAGGAUCUGGAGAAGUAUGUGAAAGAUGCAGCAGGGAAGGCCAAGGACAGUCGAUUGGGAGGACUGGAUACGUAUCUCAACAUGGUACCGGGCGCGGAGAAGCUCGUGCCCCAGCUCAAGUCGCUCAGCGAGGUUGCGCAAAAGCAUGGGAAGGAGGCGGAGGAUCUGCUGAAGGAGACUGUGAAUGAGGUUUCGAAGGUCUUGUCGAAGAAGGCAGAAAAGGCGGAGGAGAUUGCGAAGAAGGCUGAGAAGGAGGCCAAGUGAGGGACCUAAUGGUUCCCUGUAUAUAGAUACCUCCCUGUAGCAUUAUCACCUUGGUCAAAAUCAAAAGUUGCUUCUCGAG